GCACAUUAACGUCGGCAGAUAGCGCAGGCGACUAAACAGGAACACACAGAACAGAACAAGCUUUAAGAGGUUAUUUCAGAGUGUCUGGUUGGAGCACCAACAUGCAGAAUCUGGUGGUGCAGGCUCUUACCAUGAGACAGCUCGGGAGGCUGCACCCCGGCCACCUGCUAGCUGCUGGUUAUGGACUGAGACAGACAAAAUGGUGUCCCAGAAGCAUCCAUACACGCCAGCUGUGGGGCUGCUCUGCAUUCCCCACACUGGGCUGUCACAGACUGACUUCCCAUGGCAGAGAUGCUGUCAGGAGUUGGUCUGUCCAUCAUCUGAGGUUCAAAAGCAGCAAGAAGAAAGGUGCAGCAAGGACAAAACAGGAGGAAGAGGAGGAAGAAGAGGAGGAGGAGAAAUACCCAGAGGACAGUGAUAAUGAAGAAGAGGUGGAAGAGGACCCUAAUCAACCUAAAGAUUAUAAAGACAUGGAAAAAUAUGUGCAGUCCUUUCGCUAUGAUGUCAUAAUGAGAGCUGGUCUGGACAUGGCACACAAAAAAAUUGAAGAUGCCUUUUACGGUGGCAAACUCAGGCUAAAUGGGCAGACACUUAUCAAGAAAAGUAAAACUGUGAAAGUUGGGGACACUUUGGACCUGGUACUGUCGGAGAAGCCAGAAGACAACACUGUUACUCUAAUGCGAGUCACCAUCAGAAGAGUUUUUGGUGAAACCAGUAAAUCAGAAAAGUACAAAGUUGCUUUAAGGCGGUGGAAAAACGUGGAACUUCCCAAGAAUGAAGUCUUUAAGCCAUGAACUUGAAAAGGACAAUACGGAUUCUAAUACAACAUAGAAAUGAUAUAACUGGCAAUAACUAUGAUUUGUUUCAAACAGGCUGGCUGUAGAAUCAGUUAUUCGUUAUGACUAAUACUUUUCAACGGUUGAAGUCAUUAAUGUCCAAUAAUGUUCACAGUACUUUGUGACUUUCUCAAUAAAUGUGCAUUUUGAAUUUCGAAAAUUAUGUAAUGAAAUCACAGGUUCACAUGUUUUCCUCAAACUUGUUAACUUGCGUUUAGUCCUGUAAAUCCUCAUUUUUACCUCCACCAAGAAGGUUGUUUUGUCAGCAUUAGUCUCUCCCUUUGUGAGCAGCCUAACUCAAAAGAAGGGAAUUUGAUGACAUUUUCUACAGAUACAGGCAGAGACGGCCCAAGGCAUCAGUGAACUGCUUAAGUGCCUGCUUAAGGUCCCGUGACCAUCAGGGGACCCCCUAGAACAUUUUUUUAUUGUUUAUUGUUGUUGUUAUUGUUUGUGCAUGAUAAUAAUACCCAAAAGGCUAGCUAUUAAACAUAAUAAUGCUUUUAGAGUAGUGAUGCCUACUUCCUUAGGUGACAUGACAACCAUGUAUACCUCACUGCAUCAUUGCUUGUAAUUAAUGAGAGAGGAGCUUGCACAAUAUCUUAGAAAUGUGUGUCACUCUGGAGCUGAAAAGAAAGAGGGAGAAAGUAGAGCAUGACAAAAGAGAGCAAAUUAAAGCUUCAGUCAUCA